ACGAGAUAAGAUAUUCCACCUUUUAUACAUGAUGGGUAUAUUGUUACGAAGCAUGGAGGAGUUAAUUCAAAUAAUUCCUUUCAUUUAUAAUUCUAAAGUCGAAGAUUAUACAUGUAUUCUAUAACGUAUAAUAUUGAGUAAAAUUUUUAGAAUACAAUUAAUUUUUCUUCGACUUAGAUAUUCUGCAAUAGUUACGGCUUAAGGUUAUGGGAUAUAUCAUAUCCGUUUUAAAAUUGCUAAAAAAGAAAAGAAAAAGGCAAAAAAAGAUCAUGGGGAAUUUUAUAGGAGAUAUUAUAAUAUGCAUAUUGCUGCUAUUUUCAGUGAGUAUUGUUUUUGGAACUACAGAGAUUAUAAAAUAUCUUACGAAUAGUACCGAAGAGUUACUGCAAAUGAAUUCGUAUAAUUGGAUCCUUCGAUUGUGUUUCAACCUAUUAGGCUAUGCUACAAUUUUAUUCCCAGGUUAUCUUAUAUACAAAUAUGUACAAUAUAGUAAAUAUAUUCAGAGAAGUGAUAAAAGCUGUAUUCCAAGAUUAGUUCACUCAUGUUUUUUGGGACACAGUGAAACAGGUCUUUUAGACACAUCUUCUUAUACACCAACAUCUACCAGUCAACGUACGUUUACUCAGGAUUUCUUGCUACUUACAUAUUGUUUCCUUGGAUUACAAAUUAGUUAUUUGACAUGGGGUUACCUACAAGAGAAGAUAAUGACACAGGUUUAUGAGGAUGGCUUUGGUAAUCAGGAUCAUUUUGAAGAUUCACAAUUUUUAGUAUUUAUAAAUAGAAUACUUGCAUUUUUAAUGUCUGCAUUAUAUCUACUUAUCCAAAAACAACCACAACAUAAAGCACCACUUUAUAAAUAUGUUUUUUGUUCAUUAUCAAACAUUAUGAGCAGUUGGUGUCAAUAUGAAGCUCUUAAAUAUGUUAGCUUUCCUACACAGGUUUUAGCAAAGGCCUCUAAAAUAAUUCCUGUUAUGAUAAUGGGAAAAAUUAUUUCACAUACAACAUACGAGUAUUAUGAAUAUGUUACAGCAAUACUUAUUUCUGUUGGAAUGACUAUGUUCAUGUUAAAUAGUUCUGACUAUAAAAAUGAUGGAGCUACCACUAUUUCUGGUAUUAUCCUUUUAGGAAGUUACUUAGUAUUAGACAGUUUUACAAGUACCUGGCAAAAUGCACUUUUUGUAGAAUAUGGUACUACUAGUAUACAAAUGAUGUGCGCGGUAAAUAUGUUUUCAUGUUUAUUGACCGUCACAUCUCUUAUACAACAAUCAAGUUUUCCUUUCAUAUAUUUUUUUAUGAAAAAGUAUCCUAGGUUUAUAAUGGAUUGUUUACUUAUUUCCAUUUGUUCUGCAAGUGGACAAUUAUAUAUUUUUUAUACAAUUUCGAAAUUUGGACCUAUCACUUUUGUAAUAAUGAUGACUAUACGACAGGGAUUGGCUAUAUUAUUGUCAUGUUUAAUAUAUCAUCACGAAAUUAAAAUGAUUGGUAUACUUGGUAUACUUCUUGUAUUUGGUUCAGUAUUCCUUCGAAUUCAUUGUAAUAAUGUAACUCGAGCGAUUAAAAGACGCAGAACUGCAGCGAAUUCUGUAAAAAAUUAGAUUAUUUUAGUUACUAUUACGUAGAAUCUCAUAAUAUGAUUUAAUUCUUUUUUAUUGUGUGUGCCUGAUUUUUAACAAUACAUUAUUUUAUAUACUUGCACAUCUUGCAAUAUUAGACAUCUGUACCGUUAUAAAAUUUUUAUAAUCCUUAUUUCCUGUUAAUAACUUGUAUACAUUUUUAUAUGGACAUUUAAAAACGCUUAUUACAAAUUAAUGUAUAUAAUAUUUUUUAUUUCAAUUAAUUAACCUGUAG